UUCUGCCCAACCUUCUCACACUGUUAGUGAACUGAACCGGCAGAAGCACAGCACACAGGGCCACUGAUUCCGGCCUCGAGUCCAGGGAUGGAACGAGAAGACUGAGUGCACUCACAGAGGAGCAAAUUCACAAGAAUACAGGCAAAAUGGUGGCAGAGGAAGUAAUGGUCACCCUCUCAGGUGGAGCUCCUUGGGGGUUUCGACUGCAAGGAGGAGUGGAGCAGAAGCAACCACUUCAAGUGUCUAAGGUGAGGAAGCGCAGUAAGGCUUGCAGGGCAGGUCUACGGGAGGCUGAUGAACUCGUGGCGAUUAAUGAUGUGCUUUGUGGUGAACUGUCUCAUGCCGAGGCCAUGAAUCUGAUCGACAGUGGCAGGGGAACCCUUCAUUUACGGAUUAAAAGGGCCCCUUUGGGCUUCCCAUCCGUAGUCCUACUGGAUCGAGCCCCCUCUCCUCGCAUUGAUAAAGAAUACCGUGCAGCGCUCAGAGCUUUGUCUCCUCCAGUGUCCUCAAAAGUAUCAUCUGUCCAUAGAGGAUCACUCAUGUCACCCAUCAAUGGCCCAGAAAGCCUAAGAUCUCCUCCAGAUAGUGAAGCAUACUAUGGUGAAACUGACAGUGAUGCAGAUGUUGCAGCUCAGGACAGACAGCGCAGGCAGAAGCGUCGCAGUCCCAGCAACUCCCCAGCCAAAACCCUUGGUCGAAUCUCACCCAGUCAUGAUGACAACUCAGAGUUGAGUGGCUCUGAGAGCACAUCGGAUAUGUCUGCGUACUCCCAGAUUCAAUCCUGGGCCAUUCCUAAUGGCACACAUGGGAGGGUGGAGAAGAGUUUACCUGGAGUGGCACGUAGAGAAGUGGUAUACCAGCCUAACGGGAUGGAGUGGCCUCCUCAGGCCGAGCACUCUUCCGAGAACUCUGAUCAAAGCCCAUCCGGUGCUGUAGAAGUGGAUAGUGGAUUCCAGGAACUGCCUACAGUUCCACUUGUGUCCCCAAAGCGGGCCAAAGAGGCACUCAUGCGCACAUCCUACUCACAGCUGGUGCCAAUGGUGGGUCCUGUAGAUAACCCUGUAGAUGAAGAACUCACCAUGACAUAUAUGGAUAAAGCCAAGGAAGCCAAACUUCACAGAAGUGAGAGCGUGCAGGACAAGCAGGUGAAGGAGGCUCGAUCUAAGUGUCGCACCAUUGCCUCUUUGCUGACAGAUGCUCCCAACCCUCACUCUAAAGGUGUGCUUAUGUUCAAAAAGCGCAGACAAAGAGCUAAAAAAUACACACUCACCUGCUUUGGCAGUGUUGACACAGACUGCUACAGCAACACAGACGGAGAAACAGAGGACGAGAGCAUUUUUCUUGGCAGUGAGUCAGAGAUUGACGAGGACAGCCUUUCUGCAGCACCAGACCCUACCUGGGACAGUGGCUACCUGGACGUUUUAGAGAGGAGAACAGCAGCAUGUGUGUUGUCUGAUGGGGAGGCAGAGGUUAGUCUAGGCUUAAAUGACACUUCAGGGAGAGGGGCAGAGCUUUUUGAGCAACAAAGGAAGAAAGCUGUGGAACAUAUACCAACACCCAUCACUCCUACACUGAAACCUAUGCCCCAGCAACAGUCUGAAACUAUGCUGACCAAUAUAUCCAUUAUUCCUGUGUCCCCAAACUCCUCCCAUAAUACCAAUAUGGUGAAUGGGGAGCCUGUGGUGGUGAGCAGAGCCAGUGUAAUGCUGUCUUCACCUGUCCAGACUUCCAUACCCACUAUGUCAGGUGCCUUUCCAGAGCAGUCAGAUACUUGCUCUGGAAACUCAGUUAUGAAUAGAACUGCAAGGCCUUUUGCCCCAGGCUGUGUCAGCCAUAGAGCUGCAACAGCCCCAGUCAUCUUCAAACCCAAUACUGCUAAGAAGACCCCACUUCAAGCUCAAGCAGUAUCUGUGGCAACAAUACCAGCUUCCUUCUCUCCUAAUUGCUCUGAUGGGAAAAGAGCAAUUGCCAGUUCAACCCUGUACAUCCCACCAAGACCAUCCACUGUCAGUUUCCCAACCUCUAUCUUGUCACCAUCCUCUUCUGUAGCCUCUACUCCAUUUUCUCUUGCUUCUUCAAAUGGUACACCUGUCGUACCACAGAGUUUAGGCACUCCUGCAUAUUACUCUCCUCCAGCUGCCCCUACUCCACCAGCUAUAAGUUCACAAUCUUUUUCUUCACAACCAACACAAAAUAUGCACUUUAGCCCACCUCCUGUCAUGGCUCAACCUCCACCACCAUCAUCACAGUCAUAUUUAUCCACUUAUACCCCUAGCCCAUCCCUUCCCAAAGUCCCAACCCUGGCCCCAGUUCAAGUUCCUGCACCAGCCACUCAGGGCCCAAACAUGCAACCACCACCAUCACCUCACAAAGUUUCUUUUAACCCAUAUAUCUCAGUGGCAACUACAACAUCUGAAACAACAGAGUCUCCCAUAGUACAUCAGUAUCCCCUUUCUAAUUCAAGUACAGGGAUUUCUUCUCGAGAACAGCGGAUCUCUGUACCUGCCGCCCGAACAGGCAUCCUGCAGGAAGCCCGUCGCCGUGGGACUAAGAAGCCUAUGUUCAGUAAAGCUGAAGAGAAGAAACCUGUGUCCUACAACCCUGACCUGCUGUCUCUAGUGCAGAACUUUGAUGAGAGGUCCCGUUACGGGGCAGAGACUGGAUUUGAGUCUGGCCCAGAAGAGGAUUACCUCAACCUGGGUGCUGAGGCUUGCAACUUCAUGCAGGCUCAAAGGAGCAAGAUACCUCCACUAGUUUCUCCUAAGCCAGGAAAUGCUACAAUUGAUAUCCCUCAUAUGGGUGGCAAAGGAGCAGAUCUAUUUGCUCGUCGCCAGAAUCGCAUGGAUCGCUAUGUGGUAGACAAACAACCUAAGUCCCCAGCCAAGCCACGAGAGCCCUCACCCACUCCAUCUCUUCCAGCUCACUGGAAAUAUUCGUCCAAUGUCCGUGCCCCUCCACCUAUCAGCUAUAAUCCAUUGCUGUCCCCCUCCUGCCCCCCAGUGGCCCAACGAGCUAAUAAGGUCAAUGAAGCUUCAAGAAGUGUAAAAAAGACGAACCCUGUCCAGCAAAAACAGGGGAUCAAAGCUCUGGACUUCUUAAGCAGACAGCCAUACCAGCUCAAUUCAUCUUUGUUUAAUUAUGGUGGGGGAGUUCCCCAGACUAUCAGCACCUAUCAACAACAUCAGCAGCAGCCAUCAAUGUCAAAUGGAGUUGAGCUAGUAGGUACAACCCUAUACACACCAAAACAAGUGCCUGUCAAAUCACCACGUAUAUAUGAGAUCAAGCGCUUUUCAACUCCCACCCCAAUGUCAGCACCCACAGCCCUGAACCCCACAGUGAUUGUACCACGCUCUGCAACCACUCUGGCUGAGCCCAUGUGGCGUUCUGACAUUGCUUCACCACCUCCUGUUACUCCACGAUCUGCUGCACCCUUUUGCCCACCACUUGCUACCCCCUCCUCCCCACCACCUCCUGCCCCUACAGGGGCCCUGCCAGCACUCCCCAAGCUUUCCACUGCUGCUGUACCUAAUGCAUUGCCCAUCCCAGGACCUUUUCCCAUGCAAGCCGAUGCACCUUUCCAGGCAGCUAAGCAGUUUAAAAGUGCCCCAAAUCUGAGUCCCCUCUCCCCUAGUGGAAUGCAGUUAGCUGUGUCAGGAAAAAGCCAAAAUCUGCAAGCACCUAGACCACGAUUCAGCACCUCUAGUAUGGGCCUGCAGCCCAAAGUGUGGAGGCCAGGCUCCGUGCUCUAUUAAGCAAUAUACUGUCACAAAAUAUCACGUACAAGGUGCGACACUAACCACGUCAAAGACCCUGCCUAAUAGGAUCGAGGCACUAUUUACAUGAUUAAUUCAGAAAAUAAUUUACAUGUCAAACGUUUGUACAUCAGUUUAAAUAUCUACAGCUUUGUAGUUUAACUUAUUAUUAAUGUUAUGAAUGGGAAAAUAAUAAUAUAUGAUGCUAAUACUGGGAUUAUAUUUCAGCUAAAUAACAAUUAAUUAACUCUAUUACUAUUUAAUUGACUGAUUUUAACAUGGGAAGGAAUGAUCAGGUACAUUGUUUAAGUUGUCGAAAUGGCAGCACUAGACAAAAAGCUUGGUAGAUUGAAACAAGGGAUGGAACAUUGAAAGAUAAAGACGAAAGAUAAUCAAAUAUGUGCUGCUCAUCUCGGUAUCAAGAGUUAUGGACCGUCCCUGACUGACUCAAGGACUCCAGAGGGUUUGUAUACGUGUGUCAAACUUGUCAUCGGAUCUAAAGAACGUGGAUAUAUUUGAAGCGGUGAUGGACAGCGAGAUACAGUUAUUGUGAUUAAAGAGAUAUAAGAAAGAUGCUUGAAGGAUUCUGUGUGGAAACAUAAUUAACGUCCUUACCAGGAGAGAUGGUACAAACCAUAGUUACUCAUAUCUGGACACAAAUCUAUUUGGCUGCUUGUGCACAUCCGCAUCUUUUGCUGAUUCGGCCUGCUGAUCGCUUGACGCUGCCUUCUACUAUAAUCUGCAAUGCAUGUGAAUCGGCUGUGAGGAGCUGACAUGAAUGCAUGACCGGUUGG